CCUUGUUCAGAUAAAUAUCCCACAGAGUCGAGCAGUUUGUCAUUCUCCAAAGAAGAUUGGUGGCCAAAGCAGCAUGGCUCCAUCAAUUAUUACAACGGCAGGAGGACUCCUGCUACUUGUCUCCUUGACAUCGGCACAAAUCAGAGGAGACAACCUUGCAACAUGCACCACAAAUGACGGCUUUGGAAAGUACUGUCCCACAACAUGUGGCGUGACUGAUUACAUGCUGAGGUACAGGAAUGGAGUCGAAGAUGAUUUGGAAGAAAUGCAAAGGCAACUUGACACAAUUGCCAAUUUGACCCAGGGGGCUGAAGAAACAAUUGUCUACAUGAAAGAUUCUUCUUUUUCAGCACAAAAGACUUCCCAGCCAGACCCAUACCACAAAAAAUCAACAAAUAUGCUGGAUGACAUCAUUCGAUUUGAAAAGACCAUCACUGCACAGGAACAGCAAAUAUAUGAACUUCAGUCUUUAAUUUCAUCCAACGAGAGGAGAAUGUCAGACUUGAAACAACUCUCCAUUCAGCUGCAGCAGAAAUGCAGUGAGCCCUGCAAAGAAUCGGUUGACAUCCAGACCCUCACAGGAACAGACUGCCAGGAUAUUGCAAACAAAGGUGCCACCACCAAUGGCCUUUAUUAUGUGAAGCCAGUAAAAGCCACUGAGCAGUUCCUGGUCUACUGUGAGAUUGACAGCUUUGGACGCGGCUUUACAGUGAUACAGAGGAGACGCGACGGCAGCCUGGACUUCCACAAGGACUGGAUCCAGUACAAGAAUGGCUUUGGUUAUCUCUCACCAGAUGACACCACGGAGUUCUGGCUCGGUAACGAGAAGAUCCAUCUCCUGUCGACUGCUGCUAGCAUGCCAACUGUGCUGAGGAUAGAGCUCGUUGACUGGGAGGGCAACAAAAAAUAUGCCGACUACACUGCGUUCAGUGUUGGAUCAGAGAUCGACAUGUACCGUCUGCAAUACGGCUACUACUCUGGUGGUGAUGCUGGAGAUGCUUUCAACGGCUUUGACUUUGGCGAUGAUCCCAGUGACAAGUUCUACACGUCUCACAAUGGCAUGCAGUUCAGUACCUUCGACAAGGACAAUGACAAGUACGCGGGCAACUGUGCUCAGCAGGACGGCUCCGGCUGGUGGAUGAACAGAUGUCACGCUGCACAUUUGAAUGGCAAAUACUACCCGGGUGGCAGAUACACAGCAAAGGAUGCAGGUGAAUUUGGCUACGACAAUGGCAUUAUUUGGGUUACAUGGCACAACCGCUGGUACUCCCUGAAGGAGACCACCAUGAAGAUCAUUCCCCUCAGCCGCAUCACAGCGGGCGGUGGACAGCAGGCUGGGGUGAAACAGUUUGCCGGACUUUCCUAAAAAGUAGAUGCACAAGCGUUUAAUCUUUUUAGGGUGCAGUUAAGGUGUUCAGCACAACAGCACCGAAACCACCUUAAAGGGAGAGUUCAUCACAAAAUCUAAAAUUUUCAAAAUGUAAUGUUUUUCCUCUUGCAUGUAGUGCAUUUUCUCAAUCUAGAUUGUUUUGGUGUGAGUCGCCUAGUUUUGGAGAUAUCGACCAAAGAGAUUUCUGCCUUUUCUCGAAUUUAAUAGGACUACAUGGCUCUCGGCUUGAGAUGCUCAAAGUGCCAAAAAAUAGAUUUGAAAAACUCAACAGCAAUGUCUCUUUCCAGAAAUUGUGACCUGGUUACUCAAG